AUGAGGUCGCUCCGGCUGCUUGCCGUCGCCGUUCUGGCGGUGGCGGCGGCGCAGGAGGAGGAGGAGGAGGGUGACUUCAAGUCGGAGAACGCGCGGCGUCGCGACGAGGCGGCAAAGUACACGUACUGCGAGGAGGACAACUGCUACGACCUGCUCGGCGUCAAGCAGACGUCGCUGGCGUUUGCCAUCAAGCGCGCGUACCGCCGGCUGGCCGCGGAGUGGCACCCGGACAAGAACCCCGACCCGAUGGCGCGCGAGAAGUUCCAAAAGUUCGCCAACGCCUACUCGGUCCUCGCCGACACCGAGAUGCGCGCCAACUACGACUACCUCCUCGAGCACCCGAUGGAGUUUCCGAUGCACUUCAUGCGGUUCGGCUCGGGGCAGUACGCGCCGAAGACGGACCCGCGCGUCGCGCUCGCCCUCUGCGUCCUCCUCGUCUCCGCCAUGCAGUACGAGCGCGAGGAGCUGCUCGGCAAGGAGCUGUGGGAGAGCGACAACCUCGAGGCCUACAACGAGGAGAUGGGCAUCGGGGGCGACGCCGGCGCGGCGCAAAAGCCGAAGAAGCCGAGCAAAGCGAAGCAGCGCAAGGCGGCGCUGCGCGGAGGCGCGGCAGAGGCGAUGGACUAG